AUGUAUACCGACUCCGACUCGGAAUAUACUUCUGUACCAUUCCUGUCCGACGAGGCAGGAGAUGGGACCGAGCGAAAAGACGGCCCUGCAACAAGGUCAAGAUCAAAGCGUUUCCUCGGCUGGGCAGUGGGAUGUCUGGCCCUGGUAAGCAUCUUGACGGGAACCGGUGCAAUCAUCUCCGCUGCCCGCCAGCCAAGUGUCCAAGUCGACAUUCCCAACAAUGACUGCGGCAAGUCGCCAGCCGAGGCGAGAAAACGCGGCUGCGUCUUCGAUCCCAUGACACACAAAUGGACACCCAAGAUCUGCCACUUUCCUGACAUAAUGCACGAGUUUCUGGCCGUCAACUCGACGUUUUACUUUGACGCCGAGCACCUCCAUGUGAUCCCGCCGCGGGAGCUGUGGGCUGGGGAGCUCACGGUGUAUUACCCCACCGUCAAUCACCAUCUCCGCCACUGCCUCUAUACAUGGCGCAAGCUUUCGUACGCCUACAUGACAAACAGUUUGCUCGAUAAGGAGUCCGCAUCUUUUAAGCACAAUGAACAUUGUGUGAAAUAUGCGGACCCGGAGCUUCCCACUCACAGUACUUUAGAGUCCCGCCUGGACUACGCAACCUGUACGACUCCUGGUCAUAGACAGCUGGACUAUGAGUGA